GAUCGCUUCCAAACCAUUUGAGUGUUUGAUUUAGAGAGAGAGAGAGAAAGAGAGAGAGAGAAAGUGAAGGAUCUGGGUGAAGAAGAUGAAGAAGAGAUGUGAGCUUUGCAAAUCUAUGGCUAGGGUUUACUGUGAUUCGGACAGCGCUAGCUUAUGCUGGAGUUGUGAUGCCAAGGUCCAUUCGGCGAACUUCCUUGUAGCAAGGCAUUCCAGGAGCCUUCUUUGUCAGAUAUGCCAGUCUCCGACGCCGUGGAGUGCUUCCGGCGAGAAAAUUGGCCCUACGACGGCCUCGAUUUGUGGAAGGUGUGUUGUUGAAGGUAUUUCCGAUGAUGACGAUGACAGAGAAGAGAGAGUUGAAGGUAAUGAUAGUGAAAUUGGUACGGAUAGUGAUGAUGAGUAUGACGGUGAUGAGCUUGAAUUGGAGGAUUCAGUGGAUGGAAAUGAUAAUCAGGUGGUGCCGUGGUCCUCGACACCGCCUCCACCAGCAGCGAGUUCAUCCAGCAGCGAAGAGUUUUCGAUCAGCGAUCGACGCGGUUUUCUAAAGCGAAAGCGUCAGAAUGAUCUAGAUCUUACCUCAGAGGACGAGAUCGAUUCUUCAUCGGUAAACAUAAACCACAACACACGGCCACCUCCGAUCCCAGAACCAGCCAUUGGAGACGAAACGACAUCAUUUCACUCACCGACAUCGACAUCGACAUCUGAGUCAACCGUCGGAAAACAAAAGAGAAUCCGUCACCAGAAUCCACUAUCCGGUAACGACAGAUCUGCACCAGUCAUUAGCAUGAUUAAAUCAACAAAACCCGCUGAAAUGGCUUUCAACUCAUCAGAUUCUCCUUGAUCUGGAUCGUAUUUAAUUU